GGGCUGGGGUGUGCUCUGCUGGGCCUCUGAGUGCCUUCAUUGAACCCAUUAUGUCAGGUGGUGGAGACUUUCGUGAGGCCAGGACAGGUUAUGGCAGCCUUUGUGUCCUGCAGGGAAACUGGUAUGGGCAGACUCCUGUCUGGGAGACCAGGUGGCACAGCAGCUUUUGGCUGUGUGAACCCUCCAGCUCUGGUGAGCAAGAUGGUGUGGGCUGGGAAAAGCAGCAGCACUCCUGGGGCUGGUGAUGGGACUGGGAGCUCCUUCAAGACGAGGGACGUGGUUUAGUGGGCACGGUGGUGAUGUGUUGGCAAUCAGAAUAGAUGACCUUAGAGAUCUUUUUCAACUGUAAUGAUUCUAUGACUCUGUGGCACGGCUGGGAUUUAAGCGACCUCCUUUCAGCUUCCAUCCUAGAGGACAGGAAUGCUGCUGGGUGCAGUUCAAGCCAGCCUGUAUAGUGCCAGUGUCACAGCAGUCCCUCCAGCUCUGUACCCAGCACCCAAGGUGUGAUCGGCGCCAUGGAGAGCCCAAGCCUCCUCCUGGCUGCAGAAGGCAGGGCCAGUGUGCCAGUGGGCAGCUCAGGCUGGGCUGUUCUCUCUGUCAAACACCGUGCUGGCACGAAAUAGGCACAGUGUUGCUUAAGACCUCAGAUAAACACUUUCCUCAUUAGGAUGGCUUGUUGGCUUCUUCAAGAGCACAAAGAAAGCCUUUGAUUCCAAAACAUACAGCGACUUUCCAAAUGGUUAAAGGCAGGACAUGCUGUGGCUUGCAAGUGCCUUUGUUGCUCUCCGUGCGGCGUGCUUUGGUGUGUGUCCCUGCAGCCCCAGGGAGGUCCGUUGCCUGCUCUGUGGCAGCCACCAGCAGUGCCCGUGUCAGUGGGAGGAGAGGUGGUGUUCCUCGUCUUUCCCAGCAGGAACAAGAAGGACAACCAGCUGGCUGGUAGGGCUCCGUGCAGGGCUGCGCGUGCAGCUCUCCCACACCAUCCCUGGGAGCAGAGAGAAGUUCGUGCUGCUGAGGAGAGGCUGCAGCUGCCCUGGAGAGGGGCCAGUGUGGAUAGUCGUCUCCAGCAGCUGAAGAUUCGUGCAGAUCAUUGCAGACCAAAGAAAACAGAGCUUCCUGCAUGUUGCUCAUUGUUUUCCUUGGUUCUUCUCCCGCCUUGCUGCCUGUUGUGAGCACUGAAAGCCUGGGAGCAUCCUGAGGUGGUGAGUGCUCCGAGAAAUGCCAGUCCCCAGGAUGAGCCUUGUCCUGUAGCCCCACGAUGGCUGGGUGUCAUCCAGGCAUUUAGAGGGCUCUGUGUCCUCCGGCCAGGUUCAAGCGGAUGUUUAGCCAAGUUCCAAGUGAAAGGUUAGCUAUGGAGAUGACAGAUGUGACUUCUCCACUGGGUUAACUACUGAGGGCUCUCCUGUUGCCCGGCUCUGAGCCGUGGUGUCCACUCAGAGCAUCUCUUGUGUCUUCUGGGAGCCAAACCACCACUGGUGGGGAAUGAGAUAUCAGAGGUGGGCUGCUGAGAUUGCUAGGUGAUUGCUGGAAAUCACUGAGACCUUUAGGAUAGGAGUUCUGGGCCUUUCUGUAAUUCGGCACUUUGCAUUGGGUGUAUCUGCAGCAAACAUUCUGCAUAGUUAUUGAUUUGUGAGAGUACUCCAGAAAGUGCUCUGCUUACGUCUUCUUCCCACACGGUGACUUUUCUCCAUUUUUAGCAGAGGUAAUGUAGCAGUAUUUCAUAGAGAAACUGCCUUUUAAUUAAUAUUAUAUGAGCACAGGAAAUACUAGCUUCUCUGUCUACUUACCUAUUUCUGUGGCUUUUAAUAUAGGUUCAUAAUUGGCCCUGAUGAAAAUAAACACGGAUCUGUUCCUUUCUGUUCCCUCUGCCAAUGGGGAAAGAGAAGGAGCGAGAUGAAGCCUGCAGUCCUGCGGGGUGUGGUGAGAGGCAGGUAUGGGGAGGUGUGGGUGAUGCUUCAUGCCCAGGAGGCAGGCAGAGUGACAAAGAAUGGGAAUGAGCAGGCAGUGCGUGGCCGUCUGUGUUGAUUAGUGUCCCCACAGUGCUUGUGAGCCUGUAGGAACAGGAGAGGCACCGCCGCAGCCGGUGGAGCGAGCCCCUUUCAGGUCUCUCCCCAGUGGCCUUUUGGCAGCUCCGUUUGUCUCCUGUGCUGCUGGGAGCACGGGGCAUGUUUUGGCUGCUGGGAAGAGCUGGUGUGUCGUCGGGAGUGCCUUUCCCAGGAGCUUUUCUUGCCUUUGAAGGGAAGAGGAGCAAACAGGUCAAACCUGCAUGAAACCAAGUGGAGAAGCAGGAUGCUUCAGAGGCUAGCUCACCUCAAGGUGGACCCAUGGUACAGCCUGGGCUCCAGCCUGGUUUUGACUCCAUCCCUCUACACUCUCCUUUUGAGGCUGGAGGGAUGGCUCUGGGUGGGCUCAGAGCCUCAGUAUACGCCGUUCACCUACAGGGGUGGCAGAAUGGAGGGGGAUGCCAAGGUGUUUCCUUGUGCUGGUAUCAGUGCAAGUUCUUGUCUGCACCUCCUCCGGGUGAGCCCCUCAGCUGCUGUCCCCUUGCUCUUUUGCUCCUGGGGUGCUUAUGCAGCCUAAGUUGAGCCAUGUCUACCUUGGGGUCUGCCAGGUAAGGAAUCCCUCUGCCUGUCCUGCUCCAGAAAGCAAGUUUAGCAAGGCAUCCUCACAGAGUGCAUCUGAGGGCCAGUGCAAGUCUGGGCAGUUUUCCUCCCUCUGGUGUGUUAGGUGGCAUCAUGCACUGAAGUACAGCAGCUCACCCGAGUAGCUUUGGUGCCAAAUGUAGCUGUUCUCCAGCAGGCAGGCCUGGGAGGUCUCACUGGCAAGGGUGUAGGUUUGGACAGUGAGCUGCCAGCCUGGCACCAUGGCCAACAGCAGCAGCUGCUGUUCUGCGCCUGCAUGGUGAUGGAAUAGCCAGCCUUCCUGGCUGUGUGCUUCCCCUCCUUGUGAUGUUUCCCUUGUCCUGGCCUCCUCCUCCUCCUCCCCCCACAUCCCUCUCUCAUCUCUGCAGCUUGAGCUUCUGUUCUCUGGGCUGGCUGGGGCUCCUGUUUGCUGAAGGGGAGCACCAGGCAGCUCUGUAGAGCUUAGUCUGGUGUUUCCCAUCAUCUGCUGGAAAAGAUGAGGAAGGGAGGAAAGCAUGAAGCCCUGGCCAGGGGCUCCCUCCACACACGCAGCACUGUUGUAAAGUCCUUCUUGGCUGGAUUUGGGAUACAGGAGCCAGAAUGAGGGGGUGAAGAUACAGCAGUGACAGCUACCAUGAUGCUAGUGUGACCUGGUAAGUCAUGUGUCAUGGUUGGGAUUGGAAAUCUUGAAGAUCUUUUCAGGCCUAGAUGGUUCUGGUCCUGAUUAUCAUGAGACAAGUUCUUGAGUGGUCACAGAAUUGUGGAAUAUCUGGAGUUGGAAUGGACCCAACUCAUUUUGCAAACUUUCGUAUGAGAGAUUAGACGAGGUGUGUGACUUAACAAGAACAGGAGAGCUUCAGGCAGAGGCCACCAGCAGUGAAUGAAUAAAUCAGCAGUCAUGAUAAUCAACAGCAAAUACCGAGGUCUGACAAAGAGCUUUCAUAAAAUCACAGAACAUCCCGAGCUGGAAGGGACCCCCGAGGAUCACCAAGCCCAACCCCCGGCCCCACACAGCACCCCAGCCCCAGUGUCAGUGGUGUCCCAGCGCUCCCUGAGCUCCGGCAUCAGGGCCGUGCCCACUGCCCUGGGCAGCCUGUGCCAUGCCCACCGCCCUCUGGGGCACAGCCUUUCCCUCACCCCCCCCUGCCCUCCCCUGACGCAGCUCCAUGCCGUUCCCUCAGCCCUGUUGCUGUGCAGACAGCAGAGCUCAGCGCUGCCCUCUGCUCCCUGGGAGAGCUGCAGCUGCCGUCAGGCCUCCCCUCCGCUCCUCUGCUCUGUGUUGAGCAAAUGAAGAUGAUGCAAUGCAAUUUGGUUGCUGCAGGGUCUCUCCUUGUGCCCUGAGCCAUCUCUGGUGCUGGCAGGAGUUUCCUGGCCCUUCAUUGUCACCUGAGCUCUCCUGCACCACCCAAGGGGUUUUGCAUGGUAAUGACUUUUGCAUUCUCGAGGGCCCUCAUUUAAUUUUGGGGAAGCAUUUUGUCGUACUUCAAGGCCACAGUGCAGGGAGCACAUGGCUCAUCCUGACUUUACUUGACAUCUGUCUGCUGUGCUUCCUUUAAUGGGAGAGAAACAAAACAGCCUUGCUGUGUCAGCCAGAAAGCCUUGCCUUCAUAGCAUCGUGGAAUCACAGAAUCAUCUGGCUUGGGUAAGACCUUCAAGAUGACCAAGUCCAGCUGUCCAUCAGACCUACUGCAUCCCAUUGCUUAACCAUGUCUCUUAGUGCCACAUCCACACAUGUCUUAAACAACUCUAGGGAGGGGGGCUUGCUGCUUCCCUGGGAAGCCUGUUCCAGUGCUUGACCACCCUUUCCAUGAAGAAAUUCUUAAUGAUGCCCAACUUAAGCCUCCCCUGGCACAAUUUGAGACCGUUUCUUCUCAAUACUUGGGGCAGGAGUCUGACAUUCUCCUUGCUGCAGCCUCCUUUCAGGCAUUUGUAGAGCAGUGACUCCUGUUGUCCUUUUCCUGACCAUCCCCAGUUCCCUCAGCUGCUCCCCAUCACACUUGUGCUCCAGACCCCUCACAGCCCUGCUGCCCUUCUCUGGACACGCUGCAGCCCUCGGUGUCUUUCUUGCAGUGAGGGCCCAGCACUGAGCACAGCACUCGAGGUGCGGCCAAUGCAGAGGGAUGCUCACCUUCUAGUCUUAUUAGCCAUGCUAUUUCUGAUGCAGGCUUCUUGGCCACCUGGGCAUUCUGCUGGCUUCUGUUCAACCCACCCAGACCAGAUGUGUCUCCAACCUGCUGCGUGCUGCUGGUAGCACGCGUCAGCCAUAAAUCAGCGUUCCUGAGGAGGCCAGGGAAUUGCUGGAGGGCUCCGAGAGCGCCUGGGAGAGUCAGUUGGCAGCACCAGUGGGUGCAGUGAGCUCAGCGCUGGUGCUGAGUCACACUCAAAGCAUGUGUGCUCCUCACUGGGGCUUGGCAGCCCAGCCGACACGAGGUCUGCGCGGGAGCCUUUGGCUGACGGGCCGUUAAGGAGGGUUUAAUUGAGCCAGCAGGAUUUCCAGCUCCAACCGCCAGGCUUGCGGCCUUCUCAUCUUGCUUGCUGCUCUGUCUCGAGGGCUUGGUGGUAUUGGCUCUGGCUUCAGCUUGAAGGUCGGGCAGCACCUGAUGUACUUCUCUGCGGUGAUCCUCUGCAUUGCAGGGGCAGUGGGCUCGGAGAUCUGUGCCUCGUGGUGCAAGGCUAGCUGGGCUUGGGUGGCUGUGGGCCACCACACAGCCCUGCGUACUGCAUCCUUUCCCUGGAGUUGCUCCCACCAGGGAUGCCCAGGCAUCCUCUUGUGACAGCUGCCAGGAGGAUGGGCACAGCCCUGUGUGCAGGGCAUGGUUCAGAGCAGUGUCAGCCUGCCUUUCAGAUGGCCAGGGAGUUGUUCUGACCGAGGCCAACUGUGCUGGUUCAGCAGCCCAAGCCAGCUGUGGGAGCCGCCGUAGCUGCUGGGAUUCCCUGGCUCAGUGUAGCAUCCCCACUGCAGGAGCAAGGUGCUGGGCAUCCGCCAUCAAAACAAGACUGCUAAUGAAUCCCUUGGCCUUGGAGACCACCUGCCUAGCAUGCGGGCUGUCCCACCAGACUGGGAGCAGCCCUGCUCUUUCUGAGAGUGAGGAGGAACCUUCCAGAAAGGCCUCAUCACUCCAUGGGUUCGGAGUGGUGAUCCUGGUGCUGUUCUGGACCUCGCUACCUCCCACCACCCUGUCCUCAGCCAUGUUGUUUUGGGUGGCUCUGCUUUUAUCCUGCUGCCUGGAGGCCACGCAGGUAAGCUGGUCCUCGUGCAGAGCCUUUCUCUGGGUUGGUACUGGGAUGUUCUCCCACAGUGGAUGUUUGAGCAGCUCCUGUUCCUGCUUCUGAACUGCGUGGGGUGGACUGUUCCCCUUCCCACGGCCAGCUGCCCCCAGCACAGUGCUGUGAGCACUGCCUCCAUGUUCACUCCAUGACUGAUUUACAGCCCUCGACCCCCCAGUGGCUUUGUUCUGCUUUCGUGCAAUAACUGCUCAGAAAUUUGGCUGUGCCAUUCCUGAGGACGGGCCCUGGAAAGGCAGGGAGAGUUGCUAGCCAUGGGGAAGAGAAUCCCCGCAGCUCCCAGUCUCUCUGAACAGUGCUGGGGAGGCUAAUGGGAAUUGCACUACAUGUUUAUAGGGUUUUUUUCUGCAUCUUUUUUUUCUUAUUUCUCAAGCUUGAUUUGAAGGGUUGAGUGGAAUUCUUGGUGGUUGCCCUGUGUGCGGAGGUUGGUGGGGAGAGGUGCUGUGGUCCCCACCACAGAGCAGCUGAGGCUCGAUGUUCUACAGGGAGCCAAGAUGCUCCCAAACAAGGGCCUGCAUCUGCCGUGCAUUGCAGGGCUCCUGCUGUGGGCCGUGAUGUUCUGUGGUGGCCCGGGUCUGGUGCAAAUGCAGUCUUGCAUUGUCACACAGGGAUGGAGGUGAGGAAGGAGUGAUCCAGCUCUGCAGUUUUCAUCUGGGACCCAAGCCAAACUGUGGGAUGUACUGUGAGAUGAGCAGAUGCUUCCAGCUGUUACAGGAUUGGGAUGCCUCUGUGUGUACUUUGAACUUGGGUUGCUUUAUCUCUGGAUCAGUAAAUCCCACUUGGAAGGCUGCAUAUCUGGGUGCUUUGCGACAGGACUCUUGGAAGAAUUUCUGGUCCCUUUUGGUUGCCAGGUGUGUGGCAUGGCCAAAGGGACAAAGAGAGAGUGUUUUCCUGCACCCCUCAUUGUCUUGGCCUGCCCUUGGAGCUCCUGGUGCUGGAAGCCAGAGCCACUCUAGCACAGCAUCUCUUGGAAACGUGGGGUUGGACCCGUCCAGCUGUGCUGGUGACUCACAUAGGGAUAAUCUUUUUCCCAGGCACGAGGCAAGUUUUUCUUUUUACUUUAACUAGAGUGGGACACAUUGUGGUUUUAAAAGGCUAACAUGAUGGGUGCCCAAAGGCGUUCCAGAUGUCGAGCUUGCUCAGACCAGACUCGCCAUGCUCGGAGCUCCUUGCCUGCAUCAAACCAUUUCCAUCUGGCCUGGCGGGGGAGAGGGGUUUAUUGCAACUCGACCCAUUUGAGAGGCUUUCUCAACUGGAGCCUCUCGCAGAGAGGAACGUGCUGGCUGGAAAUCAUUUGGAGAUGCAAAUCUCUCUGGGUGUUUGGCUUGGCUGCUGUUUCUGCAGUAUCUGCUAAGCAGUGGAAUAGACUGUGCACGGAGCAGGCGCGCUCUGAGCGGCUGCUUUACGUGGCUGUAGGGACCAACCCACCAGGCAGUGGAGUUGCUUGUGUUAUUCAGCUGUAAUGAUUUUUUUCUUGCCUUGCUGGUGCAAGUGAGUGUGCUGGCUCCGUGGUUGAGACCAGGAGGGGAUGAAAAGCUGACCCGUGUGUCGUUCCGUGCCAAAAAUCUGCAUUUACAGGAGCGUGUUUGUAAUGAACUGUGCCAGGAAACACAUGGCUUGCUCGAGCCGUGAAUGGGAGGUCUGUACGGGGCCCUGCACACACUGAGAGCCUUGCCAGGACAAAGAGCAGAUGCUGGCGUGCCGUUCUUGCCUGGUGGCAAGGCACUGCUGGCAGGAAAGAAUGGCUGCUGGCUGUUUGGGGUGAUGGACCUCCAUGGGGGGGGGAGAGAGAAAAGGGUGGUUUUCCAUGUCUCGAUGGAGAUGAUUUGAUCCUGAGAUUGGGGCUGCCCAUGCCCGUCCCACAUUGGGCUCCCUGGGGCAUGGGACUCGAGGGUGAGCCGCUCGGUGCUUUCUGCUGAGGUUGGAUGCUCUUUUCCUAUGAAGGCUGCCUCUGGGGGGUGCUGCCUUGAUGGCUGUGCCACCUGUGUGCCCUGGAGCCAGAAGGGGCAGCUGUACCCCUGGAGGCACCAGGCCCCACACUGCCUGCAGGUGAGGGGAGUGGCGGUCCCCUCUGCUGUGUGCUGCACAGCCUCACUGCCAGCACUGCCAGCGGUCUGAGUGCUGCAGUACAAAAAAGACGUGCCCAGAAGUACCUCCUCUCUGCAGAAAAGUGGUCACUGCAGGGUGCCCAGGUCCUUCUGCAGUGUUUGAGGUCCUCUCUGCCAGGCAGCCGUGCCCUGUGCCACAACUCCCUGCAGGAGCUGGCUGGUUUUGCACCUGGCUCUUUCCAUUGCAUCCUGGUACCUUUGGUGUUGGUUUUUGUUUUCUUUUUUUGCCCUCUUCAGCUGAGCAGAUGUGGAGCUUCCUGCUGAUGGGAGAAGAUAGUUCCCUUCUGGGUAGGAUGCAUGCAGUCUGUGUUUUGCUGCCCUGAGUGCUGCAGAUGCAUUGUAGUUCCUCUCAUCCACAUACCCAGCGUUAAAGGAGCUGGCUUGCACAUGUGGCAGGGCAAAGGCAGGGUGAACUUUGCGGAAUUGCUCUGGGAGGUAAGGCUGCAGGAUAGCACUGCUGUGGCCUAGCUGCAAGCUGCAGAAUCCCCACAGACCUUUCCAAACCAGGAAACCUUACAACCUUUUCCUAAUUCCUAUUCUCAUGCCUUUAGCAUGUUCGGUGGCCAGCAGCUUUGGGAUUACUCACAUCCUUACGUCAGCCGUGGUGUCUCAAGAGCCAGCUAACCUAGGCUUUUGGGGGUCAAAAAGAAUAAUAUGAGUCCUUUCUUUAUUCCCUUGUGUCCUCAGCCCAGAGCUUGCCCAGCUCACUGAUGCCACGAUAUGGGUGGCCCCUGGUGGGGAAGGGCAUGGAUGUCCCAAAGCGACAUGCAGCACUGCUGCCCGCUCCCAGCUCUGCUUCCCAGCGUGGCUGUAGGUGAGCUGCAGGCACGGCAGGGAUCAGGGCUGUGCAGCAGCUGAGGGCUUUGUGGUCGAGGCUGCAUUCCCCAGCGAUGUCGUUAGUCAGGGAGACAAUGAUCUUCUCGGAUCACUUCAAGAUGCGGCCCGCCAGGCGGAGCAGGGAUUGUGCUGCCUGGCCGCCUCGGUUCGUGCAGAGCUGCAGCAGCCAGAUGGGCUUGGAGGAGUUUGGGAGGAAGGUGUAGGGGCCAAGUCUUGGGGACAUCCCAAGCCCAAAAGGUGCAUUGAGAUCCGCUUGGUGGCAAUUCAAGCCAGAAAUGCAAGUGUUUGCGUGAGGGUGUUUUCAUGGGAAUUUGCCGUUUGCAACCUUAAAGCGAUGAAACUAAUUUUGAGCAGGGCAGUAUCUCAGUGCAUGAAGGUCGCUGUGUUCCUGGAUCUGGAUCCUUGCUGUGAGAAUGCACUCGGAGCUGGCAUGUGGUGGAGCCUUCUCUCCUCUUCCCACUGGUGCCUGUCCCUCCCCUUUGUGGGGUCUGGCAAUGCCACCAGGGGACCCACAGCGGUGGGGGCUCAGGCAGCCAUCCGUUUUGCCAAGGAGCCGUACUCACAGGACGCCCUGCAUGGCCGCAGUGCCAUCCUCCGCUGUGAGGUGGAGGAGCCGGCCUACGUGGAAUUUGAGUGGCUGCAGAACGGGCUCCCCAUCCAGGACACGGAGCAGCGCUUCAAGGAAGGCAGCAACCUCCAGUUUGCUGCUGUCGACCGGCAUCGGGAUGCUGGGAGCUUCCAGUGCGUGGCGAGGAAUGUGCAGACCGGGGAGGAGGCUCGCACAGCCAACGCGUCCUUCAAUAUCAAGUGGAUCGAGACGGGCGGCGUGGUGCUGAAGCAGCCGGCCAGCGCAGCUGAGAUCCAGCCCUCCUCCACGGUGGUGCUGCGGUGUCACAUCGACGGCCACCCGCGCCCCACAUGGCAGUGGUUUCGGGACGGUGCUCCGCUCCCCGACGGCCGUGGCACCUAUUCUGUCAGCAGCAAGGAGCGGACCCUCACCCUGCGCAGCGCCAGCCCCGAUGACAACGGUCUCUACUACUGCUGUGCCCGCAGCGCCGUUGGCUCCGUGUGCAGCCAGGACAACUUCACACUGAAUAUCAUCGAUGAGAGCUUCCCCCAGGCAGUGAUCGUCCCGCAGGACCUCAUCGUGACCAAGAACGAAGAGGCCAUGUUUGAUUGCCAGUUUGCAGCCGUGCCCCCUCCCACGCAGGAGUGGCUCUUUGAAGACAGCCCCAUCACCAACAGAUCCAAGACAACUGUGUUUGCCAAUGGCUCCCUGCUGAUCACCCAGGUGAAGGCCCGCAGCACCGGUGUCUACAAGUGCAUUGGCCAUGGGCAGAAGGGGAAAGCUCUUGUGCUGAAGGCGACUCUGCGGCUGGCAGAGAUCGAAGAGAUGGCACCCUUCUCCCCGAAGGUGUUGACGGCGAACCAGGGGCACCGUGUGUCGUGUGCUGCCCCACGGGGUGUACCCACACCCCAGGUCUGGUGGGAGAGAAACCAGGAGCGGGUCCCCACUGCUGGCAGGGUGUACCAAGAGGCAGAGCAGCUCGUUUUCACCAGCAUCACCGAGGCAGAUGCGGGGACCUAUACGUGCCAUGCUGCCAACAAGGCUGGGGAGAAGAAACAGGAGCUGAGCAUCACCGUGGCUACGGUACCCAAGUGGGUGGAGAUGCCCAAGGACAGCCAGCUGGAGGAGAGCAAACCAGGAUACCUGCAUUGCCUCAGCAAGGCUUCCCUGAAACCUACAGUCACCUGGUACCGCAAUGGCGUCUCCAUCUCUGAGGACUCACGCUUUGAAAUCUCAGAGAACGGGACGCUGCGCAUCAACAACGUGGAGGUGUAUGAUGGGACAAUGUACAAGUGUGUGAGCAGCACGCCGGCGGGCAGCAUCGAGGGAUACGCACGGGUGCACGUGCUAGAGAAGUUAAAGUUCACCCCUCCACCCCAGCCGCUGCAGUGCAUGGAGUUCAACAAGGAGGUUACGGUGUCCUGCUCAGCCACUGGCCGGGAAAAACCCACCAUCCAGUGGACUAAAACAGAUGGGAGUAGCCUGCCAUCCCAUGUCAGCCACAGAGCUGGCAUCUUGUCCUUCCACAAGGUGAGCAGGAGCGACUCAGGAAACUACACGUGCAUUGCCUCCAACAACCCACAGGGUGAGAUCCGUGCCACUGUGCAGCUGGUGGUGGCAGUUUAUGUCACCUUCAAGCUGGAACCAGAGCCUACAACUGUGUACCAGGGGCACACAGCCAUGUUCCAGUGCCAGGCAGAGGGGGACCCCGUGCCACAUAUCCAGUGGAAAGGGAAAGACAAGAUUUUGGAUCCCAGCAAGCUUCUGCCCAGGAUUCAGAUCAUGCCCAAUGGCUCCCUGGUCAUUUACGAUGUCACCACCGAGGACUCUGGAAAAUACACCUGUAUUGCCGGCAACAGCUGCAACAUCAAGCACCGCGAGGCCUUCCUCUAUGUUGUAGACAAGCCGGCAGCAGAAGAAGAUGAGGGACUCGGCAGCCACACGCCCUACAAAAUGAUCCAGACCAUCGGGCUGUCGGUGGGAGCAGCUGUCGCCUACAUUAUUAUUGUGCUGGGGCUGAUGUUCUACUGCAAGAAGCGGAGGAAAGCCAAGAGGCUGAAGAAGCACCCGGAGGGCGAGGAGCCCGAGAUGGAGUGUCUGAACGGCGGUACUUUGCUGCAGAAUGGGCAGACGACAGCGGAGAUCCAGGAGGAGGUGGCCUUGACCAACCUGGGCAGCAGCUCUGGGGCCAGCAAGCGGCACAGUGCCGCUGACAAGAUGCACUUCCCCCGUUCCAACCUGCAGACAAUCACUACCUUGGGUAGGGGGGAAUUCGGUGAAGUCUUCCUGGCCAAGGCAAAAGGUGCAGAGGAUGGCGAGGGCGAAACGCUGGUGCUGGUGAAGAGCCUGCAGACAAGGGAUGAGCAGCUGCAGCUGGACUUCAGGCGCGAGGCAGAGAUGUUUGGCAAGCUGAACCAUGCCAACGUGGUGCGACUGCUGGGGCUGUGCCGUGAGGCUGAGCCGCACUACAUGGUCCUGGAGUACGUGGACUUGGGGGACCUGAAGCAGUUCCUGAGAAUCUCCAAGAGCAAGGAUGAGUCCCUGAAGCCUCAGCCCCUCAGCACCAAGCACAAGGUGUCUCUCUGCACGCAGGUGGCCCUGGGGAUGGAGCACCUCUCCAACGGCAGGUUCGUGCACCGGGACUUGGCGGCCAGGAACUGCCUGGUGAGCGCCCAGAGGCAGGUCAAGGUCUCAGCCCUGAGUCUCAGCAAGGAUGUGUACAACAGCGAGUACUACCACUUCCGCCAGGCCUGGAUCCCGCUGCGCUGGAUGCCGCCCGAAGCUGUGCUGGAGGAUGAGUUCUCCACCAAGUCAGACGUGUGGUCCUUCGGGGUGCUCAUGUGGGAGGUGUUCACGCAGGGGGAGAUGCCAUACGCCCCGCUGGCGGAUGAUGAGGUCCUAGCAGGUCUGCAGUCAGGAAAGACGAAGCUCCCGCAGCCCGAGGGCUGCCCUUCACGCCUCGCCAAGCUGAUGCAGCGCUGCUGGGCGCCCAGCCCCAAGGACCGACCCUCCUUCAGCGAGCUCGCAGCCGCCCUCGGGGACAGCCCGGCUGACAGCAAAGCCUGAGCACCUUGCUGGGGAAGGAUGCGGCGGGGCGGGCAGGGGCUCUGCGGCUGCCCCCAGCGCUCCCGCAGCCUUCGCUGAGCCUGACCCCAACACACGGCACCAGCGGCUGCUGGACUCAAAGCACAAGCCAGUGUACUCCCCUCACACACCCCUCUCCUCCAUGGGUCCAAAAAGCCCGUGGGCUGCUGGCACCGGGCUCGCCCUCCCCGCUCGCCACGUGCAUAUCUGUCCGUCCGUCUGUGCUAGGCAUGCCUGCGGGCAUGGGCCCGCCAUCAGGAACCCAAAGUGCCUGGCAUAUGAAGGAGACGCUCCACCACCUUUCCCCACAUCCCUUCCCCGUGCCUUUUUUUGUACGACUCCUGGGGGCAGCGCUCUCCUCCUCCUCCCCCCUCCCCGGCACGCUGCCUCCUCCCCACCAUAGUAUUUCUGUUACUGGAACGCAGCCUAGAGUGGGUUAGUUUGUUUGCUUGAGCGGAGGGUACCGCAGCCAAGAAUGGUUGGGUUUUGUUGGGUUUAUAUGUGCUGCUCUCAAUAAAGAAGGCUUUUUUUUUUUU